GUUGGCUUUAAAGCGUCGAGUUUGAAAAGUAAUUACGGCAAUUGAAUGAUUUUCCAUCGAACUUGGCACACGAGUCGUAAUGUGAAACUGACACCGUGUAUUUUUUAACCAUAAAAGCAGUUCCGUUGCGCUCUCCGUGAAGCUUCAUUGUUGACGCCAGUUGUUUUGUUCUAGGAGCAUUUUCGCAACAUAAUGGCUCAACCAUUUCAAUGUUUUUAAAAACACCCAAUUGUUACAUGUUUCAUUUAGGCAGCCAGACUAAAGCCUUUCUUUUGUCGACGUAACUUCAAUUUUUCAACGUCACUUUUUGUUUCGGGACACCUUCUGACGUUUAUUGUGGCGUUAAGUUGAAACGGGUGGCCAGCCGUAUCAUGUAGUAAGAGUCCAUCUAUCAAAACAGCUUUAUCUUCGUGUUGGUGUUUUACUUAUUGUUAACUAAGUAAAAAUAUCUUAUCGCCGGACGUUGAAUGAAUGGGCUCUCUGGUGCGCAUGCGUGCAGGAUCGAAGUUUAUAAACAAGAGGGGAGUCACAUGACGAGAAUAUUGUCCCACAGAUUAAAUGGAACAUUCUUUCAUAUUGUCUGCGUGUUUGAAACGGAAUAUUUCAUCGUUUUUUACACAACAAUAUCCAACACACAGUGAACCAGUCCACAGGCUGGAGCUUAGACAACGUGCCUCGUUGUGUUAUUAGCUCCCGAGGACGCGAUGGUGUGGGAGGUGGUGACCCCUGUUGUGUUUUCUGGUGACCCCGAACGUCACAGCGGGCGUUAUUCUGAGGACGAGCACGCAGGAGUGAUGAUGGAUGCAGAUGAAGAUGAGUCACAUGACCUGCCCCGCUGUGAGGAACGCCUCUCCUCCUCGCCUGGCUUCCCCACCAGUGACAGUUACAUGGAAUACGACGACCUCCCAGACCUGCAGGAAGUUCGGGAGGAGGCAGAGCCAGCGGCGCCACCUGUCUACCAGGUGGACGUGGGCGUAUCACACCAGGAGCGACAUGCUGGCGCUCAGCCUCCGGACACACGCUGGCUGACGCAGCUGGCUCACAUCGCCACCGGACCUCAGAGCCCACUGCUACGAGAGUCUCCCAACAGCAGCUCCUCUUCGGCCUGCUUCUCCAGCACCAGCAGCAAUCUACAUUCAUACGCCCGGCCUCCUCCGUCUCUCACCCAGUCGCCCCCCACAGGUCACGGCAGGCAGCGCCGGCGGGCCAGGAAGAGCAGCGAAUGUGGUUCUGUGGUGUCGACCAGAUCCUCCCUGUCUGAUGAUGAAGACAUGGGAUGGAGCAUCUCCUGUCCACCCACAGCCUGGCACUGCUUUCUCAAAGGCACUCGUCUGCGUUUCCACCGCGGCUCCAACGUGGAGUGGCAGGACGUCGAGGACCUGGACUCAGCCCAUGAAGACUCUGAUGAAGAGCAGUCUGGCUCUUUGAAGAGUUAUGGCUCCGAGGGUCUGCAGCUGGUGGAGCAUUCAGAGACGGUGCUGUCAGGUCAGGCGUUCCUUCAGCUGACCUUUGACCCCGGCGCGGUUGAACACGCCACCGUGACUGCCCGGUGCCAACUUGACCACCCCUUCUACGUCAAAAAGAAAGGCUGGUCGUCAUUUCACCCGAGCUUGACAGUGGUGCGUUAUGGGAUACCGUGCUACGAAAUGGAGGUGGGAGACGUGUGCCUCCCUCCGGGACACAGAGACGCCAAACAGACCGACGACUCGCUGGUCUUCGACACAUUCAGGAGUUACGAUUUCACCCCUCUGGACUCCUCCGCCGUUUACAUGCUGAGCAGCAUGGCGAGACGCCGGCGGGCCUCACAGUCCAGCGGCGGGGCUGUUUCUCCGGACAGAGACGCAUCACAAGACUCCAUCGUUCCCGGUCCCUCCCACUCUCCCCGUCAAAAGCCAACCAAAAGCCAGCAAGCCGGCGCGUCAGGAAGCACCACCGCCACGGCCAUUCAGUGCAAGCGGCCCAUGAACGCCUUCAUGCUGUUUGCCAAGAAGUCCAGGGUGGAGUACACGCGGAUGUACCCGGGCAAGGACAACAGAGCGAUCAGCGUCCUCCUCGGGGAGCACUGGAAGAAAAUGCGAAGUGAAGAGCGGCGGAUGUUCACCGUGCAGGCCAAAGCCCUCGCAGACGAACAGAAAAAACUCAACCCCGACUGCUGGAAACGCAAACGAACCAACUCUGGCUCUCAGGGAAAUUGAGGCUUCAGACAGGAAGAGAGAACAGUCUGUAGGACAGGGCACACACACACACACACACACACCCACACACACACAUAUUCAGAAGUGACAUGGAAAAGGGAGCUUUGCGUGACCCACUACGAUGCCACAACAUUCUAGUUUGUUGACCACGGAGUGAGGAUGUCUCACAGGAAAACGAGCACCAGUGUCCGCACUUCUUCUAGACAUUUUGUUCUUGCUUUUAAAAGGUGCCAAAUGUGAAAAAAUGUCAACGAGGCAUCAUUCAUCGCGCAUUUAAAGUGAUUCUAAGAAGCUAUGAAAAGAUGCCCCCCUACUGCAGAGCACCGCAGCGUCCCUCACCAGACGAUAUUUUGACCCAAACGCAGUAACACCGCAGGUCAGUGAGGUGUUUUUCAGGAAUGGGGUUUGUUUCCACCUCACAGUACGAGUGAAUAAGCCAAUGACAGAGAGAGAGAGAGAGUUUCCUAUCACGUGCUUGAAGCAGGUGGAAGUUGUGGUGCUUUAACAUUUUAUGUAAAGUAGACGAUGUAGCUAUUUUCCCAAAAUUAUAUAUUAUAUAUAAAGAAAUUUAUUUAAGUAUUUUCUUGCCUGUAUUACUUGCAUUGGCCCUUGAUGUAUUGCACAAGGCAACAUAAUUGAACCUGGCACUUGUGUAAUAACGAUGUUUAGUUAUUAAACCGAUUUAUUUGUUUUACCAGCAGAUUUCUUGAGAAAGUACAAGUAAUAGUUUGUCUUGAAAGAGUUAACGCAGUGCCGGAUUUUCCACUAUAGUUAUUGGACUAUAGUUACAAGCGAUAACAUUUCUCCCUUUUUUUUAAUUGGAGCUUUUACGAUCAUUAAUAUUGGUUGUCACAAAAGAUACAAAAUUGAUAUGUUGCAGACAACUGUCCUUCCACAAAAAGAAGCAGGACAAUGCCAAGAUUUGAUUGACCAAACAUCAGCGACAUGCUGAAGUGUGAACAUCUCCAUGUGCCAUAGUACAAUGAGUUAGCUGUGUUUUCAUCAAAGUAUCCGUAAAUUGUGUAUAAUCAAAUAGGCAUUGAUACAGUUAAGGCUCGAUUGAGUAAGUAGCAAAACGGAGUCAUUGUAUCUGUGUUUGUCUUGUUUCCUGAGAAAAUCCAACAAUGGGGAAAGCAAGAAAAAGAUCAUGGUUAACUCAAAGAAAAAAGGAAAAAAUACCUGUUUUAUCUUCUCCAAUGACUUUUGAAGGAUUUACUUCAUGUCAAAAAUAGAUAUUGACUAUUAAACAGUAUCUGGCCUCUGUCAGGCAGGGUGUAGUGCACACUGAGGGGCUUUUAGCAAUGAGAAAGAUUAGAUUAAAGGCGUGGGGCAAAAAAGUUUAUGUGGAUCAACAGAGAAUUUAUAGCCAGAAACUUCAUUUGUUAUGAUCAGAAAUCCGAAUAAAAUAAAAGAUGCCGUGUUUUAAUUCAGGAUAUUGUGUUUACAUGCGCCUCAGAAUGAUGUUAGUAAUAAUAGUUGCAUAUUUGUUACAGAUAAGAGAAAUGUUUUGUUAAUUGUAUAGUUUCAGUUUGAAACAUGGCUAUUGUGCAACAAAAAAUUAGAAACACCCUCAUAAGAAGUGAGUCAAUGUUAACAAAAGCACGGCACACAUGAACCUGAGUUUGUGGCAGAGGAGUGAGUGGAAAGCGGAGUGAAGGCAGCGAUCGGGUUUAAGUGCUUGUUUCUUAUGAAAAGAAUACUCAUAAUCAUCUCGCUGCAUAACAAGGUUUAUUCUUAAUGCACUAUAUACACACUUUAUCUUACGUGACUGCUACAGAAUAAUAUGUGUCAUGACAAACAUUAAUAUGAUUAUAUAGAAAUAUAUAUUUUUGGUUUUGACUUAAUUCUUGUUAACCUAUGUUUGUGCAUUCAUUAUUAACUUGUGUUUGUCCUUACUAUUGUGUCA